GGGACCAUUAGUUGGUCGGUGAGGGUAUGCAUGUGCUCACACGGCGCGGCUCUCGAAUUCAUCUUUCCGGAAAUGUCGGCUCAUGAUUCUGGGACCCAGUGUAUUAACUUGCCGUUUCCCGGCUCCUUCGCCGGCGUCACCGCCUACGUAUACCUCGACGUCGCAAGGCGGGAUAUCCAUGUUGCAACAUCUGUGUCCCAUGUGAUGGAAGCAGUCUCAGUCCCUCUCGAGGGCAGGGCAGGCGGAGCAGAGGCCGGUGAGAAACGCAAGGCCCCGGAAACACAGGCGUGCCAGCCGAGCCCUUCCCGCGACCCGCUGAAACAGCCCAAUCAAUGUGUCCAAGUUGGACGCGGGCGGUGGGCCCUUGGCCUUUCCCUCUCAUAG